CAUCAAGAAUUCCCUAGGUUCGCAAAUCUGGUGGAAUGGGCCUCGUUGGUUGCAUCAGCGACACUUGCCGGAAGAACAACACGAACAAAUCGAUUAUGAUGAAAGUCAACUAGAGGACCGUGACAAAUCGACAGUAGUGGCUGUAUCCGCCUGCAGCGUCACGAAUCCGUUUGAGAAAUACAGCAGUUUCAAUAGAAGAGUUCGAAUCGCAGCCACAUGUUUACGCUUUUUAUCUAAUUGUAAGAAAGAAAAGGCAUAUGGUCCAUUAACAUCAAGCGAACUAGAAAAGGCGGAGAAAGGCUUAGUGAGAAGAGAGCAAGAGAUUGCAUUCUCUGAGGAAAUCAAUAGGCUAAAAAAGGAUAAAGCAAUUUUGCAACAAAGUUGUUUAAAAUACUUAAGUCCAUUCUUGGAUGAGGAUCACCUAUUAAGAGUUGGAGGUAGAUUAAGAAACGCACAAUUAUCAUCAGAUAUUAAACAUCCAAUAUUGCUACCUCAUCAUUCCAAGUUAACGGAGAUCAUCAUAGAGCAUGAGCACUUGAGGAGCUUGCAUAUUGGAGCAGACGCAACACUGGCUGCUGUUCGUCAAAAAUAUUGGCCGAUCAGGGCGCGCGGUACUGUUCGCAGAUUGUUGCGCGGUUGCAUAAAAUGUUUCAGGUCAAAGCCACGGUUUUCAGAGCAGUUGAUGGGAGACCUGCCGAUGCAGAGAGUUACGUUAUCAAGGCCAUUCAGCAGUACAGGAGUGGAUUAUUGCGGGCCAAUCUAUAUUCGUGAAGGCUCACGGAGAAGCAGUAAACGAGUCAAAGCUUUCGUAGCGGUAUUUGUGUGCAUGGCAACAAAGGCUACGCAUCUGGAAGUAGUAUCGAACUUGACAACGGAUGCGUUUCUUAACGCGUUCAAGCGAUUCAUCGCUCGUAGAGGUAAGCCUGUAGAUGUUUUUUCAGAUAAUGGAACUAAUUUUACAGGAGCCAAUCAUGAAUUAGAGGAGCUCAGAGCUCUGUGUAAUCAGAAAGAGCAUCAGGAUAAAAUUUUAAACGAAGCAGCCAAUCAAAGAAUUAAUUGGCACUUCAUACCUCCGCGUGCACCACAUUUUGGCGGCUUGUGGGAAGCCACCGUGAAGGCGUUCAAAAGGCACUUUUAUAAAAUAGUCGGUGAAACGCCACUCACCUUUGAAGAAGCAUCGACAUUUGUAUCCCAAGUGGAAGCUGUUCUCAAUUCGAGGCCGUUAACAGCUAUGUCAUCUGAUCCUAAUGACAUGAGCUACAUUUCAGCAGGGCACUUUCUAAUUGGCGACGCCCUGACGUCGUAUCCUGAGCCUAGUCUCAUGCAAAUACAAACUAAUCGUUUAUCAAGAUGGCAGCAUUUAGAGCAAAUGCGUCAGCAUUUUUGGAGGCGUUGGUCGAGAGAUUACUUGAGUCAACUGCAGCAACGUACAAAAUGGCAUGCUAAUCAAGGUCCCUCCAUUCAAGUCGGACAGCUAGUAAUUUGUCGAGAGGAUGGUACCCCUCCCUUGAAAUGGGUGCUUGGCAGAAUCUUGGAUACCUUUCCAGGAAGUGACAACAUU